AUGGAUCGAGAAUCAAUUCGAACUUUCUGCAGAAGCGCAAAAAGUGUCAAGGAAUUACUUUGUCUCAUCGACAUGGAAGAACUGUAUGAGUUUUUCGCCGCCCUAAAUAUCCGAGAUAUACGCGCUUUAGUGCAGGCCAACGAGAAUGAUUUUCAACACUGGUUUCAAAAUCCUGGUUCUUGGAGGAAGUUCACAGAAGCGGUCAAAAUUCUGCGAGAAGAAGUAUGUGAAGUCAAUGCGGCGACUGAUGUUGGAUGUGUUUGCAAGCUCAAUUCGUUAAAUGGAGAAGACCCAGGCGAUGAACAUAAAUAUGCAGGAGGCGAGCAACAAAACCAUGAUUGUCCUAUGAUUUCAAAAGAUCGAUUUGCUGCCAUGAGUAAUUUCUCUGGAUCUGCAAACAUUUUGAGCAGAGACGAAUCUUUAGAAGAUCCGCACGGUGUUUCUGGCAAAACAGUCAAUACAUCGGUUGUUCCUAAAAUGGAAAAGCUGCAAAUCGGUGAGGUUGCGUCGAAAGGAAAAAAUGUUGAGGAAAAAAGCGUACAAUGUCAUAAUCGUGAUAUACAGUGUGAUUGUCGUAAAGUGGAUGGUAAGAAAAGCUGUUGCGGCCGAGAAAACCAAAUCGGCUACCUAGCUCAGAUAAACUAUGGUGGCAUACCUCGAGGUAUGUAUGAUCAUUUUUAUGACGGGAUUCGUAUGGCUGGAGAAAAUUCACCUCAUGCAGUUCUUUCUCCUCAGUCUAUAACUCCUUUCCCAUCUGGUCAACACGCAUUUCAAUUUUUUACUUCACCGCUUAAUAGUGAAAUUGAUAAUACACCUCAGUUUAAUGUUGGUUCUUUAAUGUAUUAUCCUCCGACAUUGGCAAAUCUGGAUGUGAGAUAUCCAGGUGUAAAUGUCGUGGCCAGUAACUGUCAGCUUGCACCUCAAAUCUCUACAAAUGCGGAAUGUAACUUUGUCAAUCCUGAUAAUGUUUACCAGCCAUGUUCCUAUUUUAACAACUGUAAUGCGCUUUCACAGCAGGGUUUAUACUGUUAUUCGCCUCUUGGUAAUAUUGAUAAUGGCUUAACUAUUAACAACACUAAGGCUGCAUUUACGUAUACUGGCGCUUAUGGAACUCCUGUCUGUAAACCAAACAGUUUGUAUAUUAGCACUUCAAGAGAUGGAAUACAUUCUAAUAGCAGUGCCUCUUCUGGGUUAACAAAUAAGCCGGUCAAGUCAAAGCCUCAGAACUUCAAGGCAGAACACACAGGGAACCAGUAUUUCAAGGCCGAAUCAGGAAAGCUUCUUCCUCGUCGUCUGUAA